UUCUUAUGUUAACUGGAGCCGUAAAGGCAACAUGGCCGCCCCCUCUGUUGCUGCAAGUGAGCUGCUUUAUAACAUGAAUUCGCGAAUAUCAACAUUAUAUCCAAACGUUUUAUGUAUGAUUAGAAGAAUAAGUACAAGAAGCUCGCGAUGCCACAGUCAAGCACAGCCGAGAGCAAAGAGCGUUCCACAGCAGCUUGUUGGGGUGGUCGGCUUGGAAAUCCACGCCCAGAUUAACUCCAAAACCAAGCUCUUCUCUGGCUCAGGGGUUUGCUUCUCUGCCCCUCCGAACUCCCUGGUGUCGUUCUUUGACGGAUCCUUACCUGGCACUUUACCCGCCCUGAACAGACGAUGUGUUGAGGCAGCAGUGAUGACAGGACUGGCUCUCAACUGCACCAUAAACAAGAAGUCAUAUUUUGACAGGAAACACUACUUCUACGCUGACCUCCCUGCUGGAUACCAGAUCACACAGCAGCGGCGUCCUAUCGCAGUCGAUGGCACACUGACUUACAGCUUCCUCGGUGGAAAAAAGAGGAGCGACGUGAUCAGAAAGGUUGCUACGAUAAAACAGAUCCAGCUGGAGCAGGACAGCGGCAAGAGUCUCCAUGAUGACGUCCACAGCCAGACGCUCAUAGACCUCAACAGAGCAGGUGUAGGUCUAAUGGAGGUGGUGAUGGAGCCAGACAUGAGCUGUGGAGAGGAGGCUGCUGCUGCUGUCAGAGAGCUGCAGCUCAUCCUGCAGGCCCUGGGCACCUGUCAAGGCAACAUGUCUGAGGGCCAGCUGAGAGUUGAUGCCAACGUGUCCGUCCACAGACCGGGUGAAGCACUGGGCAUCAGGACUGAGGUGAAGAACAUCAACAGCAGUCGAUACCUGGCCAGAGCUAUAGACUUUGAGAUCCAGAGACAGAUUGAUGUCUUGCAGAGAGGAGGGGUGGUGCAGAAUGAGACCAGGGCGUACGAUUCCAAAUCAGGUGAGACUAUUCCCAUGAGGGACAAAGAGGGUCUUCAGGACUACAGGUUUAUGCCUGAGCCCAACCUGCCCCCGCUGAUGGUGUAUGAAGAUAACGCGUCUCUGCCCGCUGGCGUGGAAACGAGCCAGGCUGUGGUGGUGCAGAGUUUAAGGGAAGGCCUCCCAGUGCUGCCCAGUGUCAAAAGAGACAUGUUGGUGCAAACCUACGACAUCCUCCCCGAGCACAGCUUCACUCUGUUGAGUGAGGACGGGCUGGUCGACUACUUUGAGGCCGUGUUGAAGGCGACCAAGAAGGAGCCGAGGAAGGUGAUUGGCUGGGUGACAAAAGAACUGUUGGGUCAACUCAACCAGAAAGACAUGAGCGUGAGCCAGAGCCCCGUCUCUCCUCUUGCCUUGGCUGAGCUGCUGGAGCUCCAGGAAACAGGACACGUCUCCUCUUCAGUUGCCAAGCAGGUGUUCCAGGAGAUGUGGAGGUCAGCAGGCAAGUCGGCCGCUCAGAUCAUCCAGGAGCAGGACCUGGGUCUUGUUAGUGACACCGCACAGCUGCACAGCAUCUGCCAGAAGGUGGUGGACUCACAUCCGGACAAGGUUCGUGCCAUCAGAGCUGGAAACAAGAAAGUCCUCAACAACCUGAUGGGCCUGGUUCAGAAAGAGACCAAAGGUAGAGCGGAUCCGGUUCUGGUGAGAGCAAUGUUACAGGAGAAGACCUCAUGAAGGUCGGACACAGAAGAUCACACACACCCACCAGGCUCUAGACACAUGACCACAUGACCACGGUGGCGUUUCACUGACAGUGAAGCAUCUUGAUGUUGACAUUUUUGUAAAUACUGUACAAAGUUUUGAUUAUGUGUAUUAAUGUGUGUUCUUAAAAUAAUAAAGCUUUUCAGAACAUCA